UCCGCAGAUUAUAUUUACUGACCUUUGACACAGAACCAAGCAGCUUGCUUCAUUGGGCCCAUAUAAGAGUUCGUUAUGACAAGAAAGCAGCCGAUAUCUACAUUUGAAUACCAGCCUUUAAAUUCAGAUCAACCGACAGCAAUUCGAAUUUUGGUUUUAAGUGGGGGUUGUGGCGAUAUUCCCAUUGAGAGUUCGAUCCUCAACAUCGACUUGAGAGCUCCCCCAGUCACAGUAAAAUAUGAAGCGUUGUCAUAUGAGUGGAAAGAAGUUAGCUGCGAUGAUCCUUUCAUACUUGUCAACAGCUGCAAAUUUCAAAUUCGAAAGAAUUUGUACGAUGUAUUGAUACAGUUGAGGUUCGUUGAUAAAGAUCGGUACCUAUGGAUAGAUGCUCUGUGUAUCGAUCAGACGAAUCACCUCGAGAGAAACAGCCAGGUACACAUAAUGCAGACAAUCUACAGAAAAGCACAAAGAGUCAUUCUCUGGCUGGGCCCCGCAAAAGAUGACAGUGACCUUGCAAUCGAAAUUCUACAGAUUAUGGAAACUAGCCGUAUUGGAGAAAGACAAAUUGUGGAAUCUACAAACAGAAAUCGUAAGGCUUGGCGUGCAGCCCUCCUCGCCUUUUGUCAACGCUCAUAUUGGUGCCGUAUCUGGAUAAUGCAGGAAAUAUGUCUUGGCCAGGAAUAUGUAGUACACUGUGGUGACAAAAGUAUUUCAGGCAAUAUCUUCGACGAAUCCUUCAAGAAGUUAACAAGAUCGAGGGAUCGUGGAGAUGCUUGGAACGACGCCGUGAAAGAAACUCUGGCAGUCAGGCAUAUCACUAUUUUUCGAUAUUGGGCACAAAGAGGACAACUCUUCCGCCUGGGACAGUGUCUGAACAUUUGCUUGGAUGAUCUCAUUGCCACAGAGCCUAGAGACUUUGUAUAUGGAAUACGUGGUCUUGUUAGUGACUGUGGGACUGAUGAGCUAGUUCCUGAUUACCAAAAAUCUCUAAAACAUGUAUUUUUCGACACAGUUCCUAUUUUAGAACGGUCUUCCAUUUCGUCAGUACAAGUUGCUAGUAAACUGGCGAAAAAGCUUGGCUUGACCGAGGACAAUGAUGUACAACUGUGCUUAUUAGAAAUGGAGGACGGUAACUAUGAAUUCGACAAGUCUCAAAGAACGAUUCAGAAAGACUAUCCUGGGGGAAUGAGGAAGAGACUGCAGAGAAGAAACCGGAGGGGGACUGGAAAUGGAAAGAGCGGCAAGAUAGAUUACGAUUGGGAACUUGACCCAAAAGAAGCCGAAUAUUCAGACUUAGAGGACUGUGAAAGCGUAGAAAAUUCUUCGGAUGAAGCUUCUAGUUUGGAAGAGUGAAGAAUUAGUAUGGGGACGGGACAUCAUUGCCCUAGCGGUACGACAUCCCUUCCUAACAGUACUUUGUUCAAUCCAAGAGUUUCGCUAGGCAAUUUUUUAACGCUGCUCACUGCUUCCAAAAAGUAUUUACAAUUCAGUCGGGAAGUGAGUGCUGCUUAAAAAAAGAAGCUUUGCACUUUAAAUCAAUCCGAAGCGUACCUCCCUCCUUUGGACCACAUUUCGAGUAAAGAAUACAGAACUUGUCGCAUUUUGCUGGUAGCAUGUAUAAUAGGGACUACUUACUUGUCCCUACAAGCUCCAUGAGAAGCUUAUAGAAUAAGUGGCCUGUGGUAAUCGACUGAUGGAAGAUGCUCAAAGCCUUUCCUUUGUACGUUCUUGCGAGAAGCCGAGAUGCCCGUAUCGAAGGGGAUGAUAUGGAAGUGCGAAGAGUUUCUAUAAGUCGAUUCAUUUUUGUGCAAGACUUUUUUUUCUCAAAUGUGUUGGCUUAGCACGAAGUACGUUUCUGCUUUGUGACAGCUUGAAGAACAGAAUUCGAUAUCAACAAAAUCUGCCAAUAUUUGUGGAACAGUGAGAGGGCAAU